GUCUAGUUAGGGAAAGAAAAGGGAGCAAAAAUAUAUAUAUUUAUAUAUAUAUAUAUAUAUAUAUAUAUUUUUUUUUUUUUUUCUAAAUCAGUGUAAAAUUUUGCAAUAUAUAAAAAGGCUUCAAGACCCUAUAGUUCUUCAUUCCUACUUAUAUAUCGCUCAAGUAUACAAAACACGAAAAGAAAGCAUACUGUAAUAUCCUUCACCUCUUCUAACUUUUACUUAUAAAUCAAAGAUCUCCUUUGUUUCUUCUCCUCAAAGUAUGGGAGAGAUCGAGAAAAUGGAAGUUGAAAUGCAAGGAGAAGACUCCAAAUGGGAAGGCUAUGCCGACUGGAGGAAUAGAGCCGCCGUGAAAGGUCGUCAUGGCGGCAUGCUCGCCGCCUCCUUCGUCUUGGCGGUGGAAGUACUGGAGAAUCUAGCGUUUUUAGCGAACGCAAGCAACUUGGUUACAUAUUUGACGGAGUUCAUGCACUUUUCGCUGUCGAGAGCAGCGAGUGAAGUGAGCGCCUUCAUGGGAACGGCCUUCCUACUCGCUCUCCUCGGUGGCUUUUUCUCUGACGCCUUCCUCUCCACUUUCAUCGUCUUCAUCAUCUCCGCCUUCAUUGAGUUUAUGGGACUAAUCCUUCUCACAAUCCAAGCCCGUCGUCCGUCCUUAAUGCCGCCGCCAUGCAAGAGCUCCCCGGCGUCACCAUGCGAACCCGUCCAUGGUUCGAAGGCGGCGCUUCUAUUUGUGGGACUGUAUCUAGCGGCUCUAGGUAUCGGAGGCAUAAAAGGGUCGUUGCCUUCACACGGAGCAGAGCAAUUCGAUGAGAGUGACCCUAAAGGUCGUAAACAACGAUCUACAUUUUUCAACUACUUUGUUUUCUGUCUCUCAUGUGGUGCACUCGUGGCCGUGACGUUCGUUGUGUGGCUCGAGGACAAUGUAGGCUGGGAAUGGGGAUUUGGUGUCUCCACUAUCUCCAUCUUUCUCUCCAUUCUCGUCUUUCUCUCCGGUUCGAGGUUUUAUAAGAACAGGAUCCCUCGGGGAAGUCCUCUCACCACAAUCUUGAAGGUUCUUGUCGCAGCUUCUGUAAUGGGCUGCUCGAGUAAAUCUUCGAGUAAUGCUGUUGAGAACUUCUCUAUGACCCCAUCUAAUCACUUGGUAGGAGAAGAUCAAUCAGAAGGAGCAAAGAGGGAUUCCCAGUCACUAACAAAUAGCUUGAGAUGUCUAAACCGAGCGGUAGAGGGGAAAACGGUCCAUAGAUUGCUAGAAUGCACGGUCCAACAAGUGGAAGACGUCAAGAUUGUGCUCAAAAUGCUUCCUAUAUUCGGCUGCACCAUAAUGCUCAAUUGCUGCUUAGCUCAGCUCUCUACUUUCUCUGUCCGCCAAGCUGCCUCGAUGAACAGAAAGAUUGGAAACCUAGUGGUUCCCGCAGCUUCUUUACCAGUUUUUCCGGUGGUUUUCAUGUUGAUUCUUGCUCCAGUAUAUGACCAUCUGAUUAUCCCAUUUGCUAGAAGAGUUACAAAAUCAGAAAUGGGUGUUAGUCAUUUGCAAAGGAUCGGUGUAGGGUUAGUCCUUUCGAUAUUAGCAAUGGCGGUGGCCGCUCUAGUAGAGUUAAAAAGGAAGAGAGUAGCCUCAGAAGCUGGAUUGCUUGACUCAAAACAAGCCUUACCAAUUAGUUUCCUGUGGAUCGCGCUUCAGUAUCUGUUUCUAGGAUCAGCUGAUCUAUUCACACUAGCCGGAUUGCUAGAGUUUUUCUUCACGGAAGCACCUUCUUCUAUGAGAUCAUUGGCCACAUCGCUCUCAUGGGCUUCUUUGGCAAUGGGGUUCUAUCUAAACUCGGCGAUGGUGGUGAUUGUCAACAAGAUGACUGGGAGUGGAGGAAGAACUCCUUGGCUUGGUGAAAAACUUGGAAUUAACCGUUACAGACUAGACUUGUUCUAUUGGCUCUUGUGUAUUCUGAGUGUGGUUAACUUCUUACACUAUUUAUUCUGGGCGAUGCGUUACAAGUACAUAUCAACUGGUGCUAGGAGGUGAUUGAUAUAUAGAUACUUUUUAAUCUUACAA